GGCGUCGGGACGGUACGAGCGGGCUUUUCCGGCGGGCGCCGCUCUGGGCUGUGCGGAGGAGCUAACUCGUGGACUUCUACCUGAACGAAGUGUUGCCGAAAUGCUUACCUCUGAAGAAGCUGUGCCAACCUACUCUCCAAAAUGGAACUCUGUCAUCUUUGCAGUCACUUCCAUGAAAAAAUUCUCAUACACUCCUGAGUAAAGGAGGGGGACCUGUAUGGUUUGUUGAAUUCUGGAGUCAUCAUAUCAUGGCUGAAAAUGACACAGACAGAAACCAGACUGAGAAACUCCUAAAAAGAAUACAAGAACUGGAACAGGAGGUACAAAGACUUAAAAAGGAACAGAGCAACCAUAAGGACUCAAACAUUAGAGAAAAUGCCUCAGGAACUGGAAAAGCUAAGCGUACAUUUGAUUUCAGUGCUCAUGGCCGAAGACAUGUAGCCCUAAGGAUAGCCUAUCUGGGCUGGGGAUACCAGGGCUUUGCUAGUCAGGAAAACACAACCAAUACCAUUGAAGAGAAACUGUUUGAUGCACUAACCAAGACUCGACUAGUAGAAAGCAGACAGACGUCCAACUAUCACCGGUGUGGACGAACAGACAAAGGAGUUAGUGCUUUUGGACAGGUAAUUUCUCUUGACCUUCGUUCUCAGUUUCCAAUGGCCAAAGAUUCAGAAAGUUGUAAUUCAAAAGAUGAAGCUAAUGAUGUUGCUAAAGAGAUCCGUUAUACCCACAUCCUCAAUCGGGUGCUCCCUCCAGACAUCCGUAUACUGGCCUGGGCCCCAGUAGAUCCUGGUUUCAGUGCUAGGUUCAGCUGUCUUGAGCGAACUUACCACUAUUUUUUCCCUCGUGCUGAUUUAGAUAUUGUGACCAUGAAUUGUGCAGCCCAGAAGUAUGUUGGCACCCAUGAUUUCAGGAACUUGUGUAAAAUGGAUGUAGCUAAUGGAGUUAUUAAUUUUCAGAGAACUAUUUUGUCUGCUAAAGUACAGUUAGUGGGCCAGAGCCUGGGUGAGGAGAGAUGGCAAGAACAUUUCCAGUUAUGUCAAUUUGAAGUGACGGGCCAGGCAUUCCUUUAUCAUCAAGUGCGCUGUAUGAUGGCUAUCCUCUUUCUGAUUGGCCAAGGAAUGGAGAAACCAGACAUAAUUGAUGAGCUGCUGAAUGUAGAGAAGAACCCCCAGAAACCUCAAUAUAGUAUGGCUGUAGAAUUUCCUCUUGUCUUAUAUGAUUGUAAGUUUGAAAAUAUCAAGUGGAUCUAUGACCAGGAGGUUCAACAAUUCAAUGUCACCCACCUACAGCAACUAUGGGCCAAUCAUGCUGUCAAAACUCAUGUGUUGUACAGCAUGUUGCAAGGACUGGACUCUGUUGCAGUACCUUGUGGGACAGGGCCGAAGACAGAUGGAGUGAUAGAGUGGAGAAAUGUGAAGCCCCCAGUCAUAAAGCACACCAGCGCCUUUGUAGAAGGAGUGAAAAUGCGCACAUAUAAACCACUAAUGGAUCGUCCUAAAUGCCAAGGAUUGGAGUCCCGGAUCCAGCAUUUUGUACGUAGGGGACGCAUUGAACACCCACACUUACUCCACAAGAAAGAAGCAAAAGGCAAAAGGGACUGUAAUGACACACAUGAAGAAGAGAAAACUGUUUUGGAGAAUCCAACAAAGAGGGUCUGUGUUGAUACAGAAAUUAAAAGCAUCAUUUAACCAUAGAAAAUUCACCAGGAUCUAGGACGCAAUAACCAGCUAGUGGUAGCAAAGUAGAAAGGAAAUACAAAAGUAAUAUUUACUGCAGGAAGUCCUGGAAAUUCCUAUGAUCAUCUCUUAAGGAAAUUCUUACUUAAACAUGAGUUCAAACAUCCUCUUUUCUUUGUCUAAAAGGUUUAAGAGAUGAAGGAUGCAAAAAGCAACUGUAAAAUAAAGAUGCACAUGUGCGCAUGCACUGGGAAACCU